CUUUUUUUUAUGCGCUACAAAUCGUAGUUACAAUAGUCACGAUUAUAUUAUGUGUUCAUGUGUUACUAAUAAAACUGUGCUUUAUUUGUAUCCUAGCUCUAGCUACACAUCUGGCAUAGAUCCAGCUAUCGCUCAGUUGUCUUCCAAAGCUGGCUCGGAGUGUGCUGAAUCUCCAGAUCUGGGUACCUCAACUGAAAAUAAUGACAGAAAAGUCAUGUCAACUUAAGUCAUCGAAAACGGGUUGAGAAGUGCUGAGAUUGGGGUUAGAGUCUUUGAGGUCAGUUCCUUCUGAGGCCUGUUUCGUCUCCGGACAACUGGAACUAAAACAUUUCAUUUUAUUAUCUAACCAGAAACUGCAAAACU